GCGCUGUGCCUAUCGAAAGCUUCAUUGGCACCUACCUGUUUAGUCCAGUUGUGGAGCGAGAUCAGUAGUCAUUCGAUCGCUGCGAAAAGCUUUCCACUAGCCAUGGCUGCUGUUGUUCCCCCUGAAACUCCCGCCGCCCCCGCCUCCUGGUGUGGACGCGGUGCCAAGCCCCGAACCUUUGAGAAGGAACCGCCAGUCAUCUGCUAUGACAAGCCCGCGGCUUCGAUCGUUUCGAAGGAGGAGUAUGAUAAUAAACGCUAUCGGGCCCUGACUGGCGAUCUUGUGGAGACACUGAUUGUGCCCAAACGGGAGGCACGCACAUGGACAAUGCAAGAGGGUGAUUUGUGCCGCGUCACCGUCCACGAAGGUUCACAGGUGGGCGACAUGAACUUUUGGAAUCUGGAGAACACCGCCGAGCGCUUCUACUCGGGCAAGACGCGCCAGCUGCACUCGUCGCAUCUGCGCGUCUACGAUCGUCUGUGGAGCUGCCUGCCCCACCUGCGUCCCAUGGCCACCUUUGUGUUUGAUUCCCUUGCCGCCUAUGGCAUCGAUGAGGAUGGCGGUGCUCUGCACGACGUAAUUGGAACACGCUGCGACGACUACACCUACAAGCUAAUCACGGGCAAGGAUCGGGUGGGCAGUUGCCACAGUUCCCUAGUCAAGGCGGUGGUGGAGGAGCGCGGGCUGACCGAGCUGGAUGUACACGACGUGUGGAACAUCUUCAUGUGCACCGGAUUCACACGGGACACGCAUCAGUAUUUCUGCAAGGCAAGUCCCGCACGCAAGGGGGAUUUCAUUGAGUUUGUGGCCGAUAUGAAUCUUCUGGUGGCUCUGAGCGCCUGUCCGCAGGGCGAUGUCUCCAUCGCAGUGGGCGCCGAGGUGCCGGACGACAAGUGCCACCCCCUCAAGGUCGAGGUGUUCCGUCGCAAGUAAGCAGAACCAUUUUCAUUCCGUGCUCGGAAAUCUGGUUCUAAGAGCGUGCCAUUUAUGUAAACAGUGCCAUAGAGAUGUGCAAGAUCAUCUGCCGUAUUGAUGACGAAAAAUCAAUAGAAAUAUAUUACUGCAAUAAUUA